UCCGCAAGUGUUACAGCUCUUUUAGAAUUUGUCCAGCAGGUUUUCUGACUCCGGUCGGAAGACCCCUCCCACUCUGAUUGGUCUUUAACAACAGUGAGCUCCUGCUCCCGCUGCCUCUGCCUAGGGUGCAGUGUGGGGGCUUUGAUCCCGCGCCGGUUUCCUGGGAAAUUCUUGUGUGCUAGAGCUAGGGCCACGCUCCGAGACUUCCGCCUCGUGCGAUACCUCUUCCUUUCUGCCUUCAUCGGCCCGCAGCCGUGGGGGAGGCGGCUGGUUGCAGGCUUCUCCGGAUCUCUUCUGUGUUCCCACUGCUCAAGUACCGAGUGGCGUCCUAUGGCGUCCGCCUCGGCUCAGCCCGUGGCCCUGAGCGCAGAGCAGGCCAAGGUGGUCCUGGCGGAGGUGAUCCAAGCGUUCUCGGCCCCAGAGAAUGCCGUGCGCAUGGACGAGGCUAGAGACAAUGCGUGCAACGAUAUGGGCAAGAUGCUGCAGUUCGUGCUGCCCGUAGCCACACAGAUCCAGCAGGAGGUUAUUAAAGCCUAUGGCUUCAGCUGCGACGGGGAAGGUGUCCUUAAGUUUGCCCGCCUGGUCAAGUCUUACGAAGCCCAGGAUCCCGAGAUUGCCAGCCUGUCAGGCAAGCUAAAGGCCCUGUUCCUGCCACCCAUGACCCUGCCGCCCCAUGGGCCUGCUUCCGGAAGCAGCGUGGCUGCCUCCUGAGACCUGUUCUUUCCUGCUAUGGAGGAGGCCCUUGUGUUCCAGAGGAUAAUAAAUGUGCUUGUGACUAAA